AUGGUGGCUGCCUCAAAGCAAUACAUGGCCCGGGAGAUGGUCAAGGUCGAGGCGAUCCUCAAGAAGCGCCUGCUCGCGGCCCCCGUCGAGCUCGGCGAGUACCUGGACGCCAACCACUUCUUCCAGUGGAAGUCGCAGUUGCUCCGCCUCGCCGGCAAGGGUACCUACUGGUUCCGCCAGUACGUCGACUUUUUGUUUGACGGCACGGGGGCGCUGAUGACGCUGGUGUUGGCGGCCAACGACCCGCGGGCGCCGCCGCCGAUGCUCCACGAGAAGCGCCUCGAGCUCACUAAGGUGGAUACGUACCGCCGCAGCGUCUCCAACAACUCGAGCCGCCACGGCAGCCCCGCCCCGCACCCUUACGGCCAGUUCCACGACUCCCACGCACCCCCUUUGCCUCGACUCCACAAGCCCGCCCGGGGCCUGCUGAGCGAGCUGGACGAGAUCUUCAGCGAGACGCUGAUGGCGGAGCUGAACGACACCAACCCGCUGACCCACGCGCUGGCGCUGGUGGCGCUGGCGGCGCCGGUGCCGCCGGAGUUGGUGCCGCUGUACGACAAGGCGGUGUUCCACUUGGUGCGCAAGACGACGUCCCACCUGCUAUGGACCCAGUACAAAAACGCCCCCUCCGCCGACCAGUUGAUCCGGGAGAUCGUCGACCGCUUCGGGCGCUACACCCCGCUCAUGGCGCUCCAACUUCUCACCGAGGACCCCAUCGCCGACCACCUGGGCCGCGCCUGGGACCAGGUCUACAACACCCAGAUCGAAGUCAAAUACGGCGCCAUGACGCUUUCGCCGGAACAGUUCACCUGCGUGCUCAUGCUCACCAAGUUCUCACCGCAGAUGCGCGCCGAGGUCGUCAACCAUUUGCAGCUGAACCACUUGGAGUGGACGAUGUGGAACGUGUGCGCCUACAUGGACGGGCGCCGUCGGCUGGAGCUGGAGCCGCCGCCGCUGCCGCCGAAGAGCAAGCCGCUGUCGCUCCGCUCGUUCAAACUGCCGUCGAUCCGCCUGUUCCGCCUCAAGCGCGGCUAG